AUGGACCCACAGGAGUUAGUGCCCUUAGAAGCGGGCUUGGCCAAUCGGCCACGCCCAACACGCCAGUUCAGCCACGUGCCGUCCAGAUCCUGCUACCAGGGUCCGAUUAGGCUCUGCAGGAUGUUGGCUCUGAUGAUCGUCCUGCCUUGUCUGUUCAUCUUCGUGCCGUUGUACAUGAGGUACAGAGUGUUUUCCGGUCAGAUGUAUCCCAUGAGCAUGACCGAUAUGCGUCUUAUUGAUAGCAAAAUAUCACCGACUUGGUGUCAGCGCCAAGUGGUGAAGUCUAAUGCGACGUUCAACGCUUUCGUGAUGCCCGGUCCACCGGCGUUUGCUGACGAGCUGGUGCCGGUCUCUAUGACCAGGGAACUGGAGCUUGAGGACGAUAUGAAGGAGUACUGGGGCUUCUAUCUGCUGAAGGGUUCAACCGUGACGGUCUCCACGUGCGUCAGAUGGCCGGGCGCCUCCCUAAUAAUGAUCAAAGGCUACAAACACCUCCAAGAGUGCGCGUACAUCGGUGACAACUCCUCGGAGGAGUUGGAUGAGCUGUACGAAGCUUACGAGCUCGGCUUACUGUCCAACACCACGCUGUUGGAGAAGGUGCAGGAGUUGAAGAAAGUCGACGGGAAGGCGAACGACCCGGGGGCUAUGAAACGGCACAAGGCCGGAGUCAGCUUUCAUGACCCUUCACAAAACGCAAACAUGACGUCAUCAGACCCGGUCCCAAGUGUUGACGUCACAGACCACGACCCAAAGGAGUUAAAGGAGAUACUGGAACGACUCCACGCGAUCAGGCAAGCGGCGAAGAACGAACAGCUAAAGUAUUACCAUCCGCCGUCACAUCUCAUGUCUCUACCAGCGUUGCACCGGCACAGAGAUACCAACGUGGACAGAGAUGAGAGGAGGUGGCUCUCGUUCAAAGAUAUAGACGGUAAUAGUAGUGUCCAAAACGUCUUAACCACUAACGUACCACCUACCAACAAUUCUGUGGAUGUCGAAAAGCUUAUAGCCAAAACCAACAAAUCAAUAGAUAAACUUGAUGAAACGAAAGACGCUAUAGAAGAUAAUACUACAACCACAAGCUCCAACUAUGUAAAUGAGAAGGAUAAUACGAUAGUUGUGACGGAGAAAUACGAAGCUCCCACAACUUUAAAACUGGACAUUAAGAUGCCAGAAAUAGAGGUACCAUCGCAGAGCGAAAUCGCAGAAGUGAAUUCUAAGGAAGUGUUUGAAGACGUCCUGAAGCAACUUCAGGCGCUUGGUAAUAGAGGGAAGAGGGUCCUCAAACAGCUGCACAGGACAAUGGGCGUAGAUUACGAGGAACAGGCUUCGAACAAGUCCGCCAUAAUGGCGAAGGUGGUUGGCAGUGAUGAAGAACUGGACAGGCUUCGGAGGGUCCUGGUGGAAGCCAUCGAUGAGGAGAGGAACCGGACGCAGAGACAGCAAAGGCGUCGUGAUGCAAGAGAGGAGGCCAGGGCGAAGAGAGAGCUGAUGCUUGGGCAAAUCGAGCUACAAAAGGAGCUGAACGAAGACGACGAAGCGAGAAACACUGCUGUGGAAGAGGGCCUCACCCCGGACGGUUACGCGGAGCACCACAGCCUGGUGAACGAGACCACCGCCCUGGACAUGUCCAACUCGGAGUUCUGGUCCUCGUUCUCCAGCAGCGAGGAGGCGCUGCUCGAGUGCGAGGGGCUGGUGCUGAACCUACCCCUAACGCCACACCCCGCUUGUGCUCCCGGUGUGUCGCGGCCCGACGCCGCGGCCGCGAACGCUCUGACAUAUCGCGUGCCAGCGAACGGCUACUACUUCUUCGUGUUCAACUCUGAGAACGAGGUGCAGAGGAACUUCAUCAGGGCCCGCUUCGAGUUGCAGAAGACCAGGUACGACGUGGCGAGGAGCGCCUUGAGGGCUUGCACAAACAGCACUUCCCGCUGCGACCUCCCUCUGGACAUCUUCUCCACGCAGAAGGUGGUACUAGAGGUGCCAUUGCGAAACAACGACUCCCUCUGGAAUGAGCAGUUCGUCAUCAUAUCGGAAUGUGAACCCCGCACCUCCAUAUACCUGGCUUGCGUCAUAGCUGUGCCUAUACUCAUUCUUGUAUUCGCAUUUCAA